GGAAUGUGAUAAUUGAAGGUGGGGUCAGCAGUUGUUUUAGCAGCAGUAUAAAUUAGGACAAUCUUUAUCUACCAUUUGCAAACCCCAGCUCAUUCUUUCCUUGCACAAUUUUUAGGAUAAAAGAAGACAACUUUUUGAGCUCAAUCUCUCCACCUGUAGUCUUUCGUCGUGUUUGCUUUCUGGCUAAUGGAGAAAACUUGGGAUUUUGCCUAGAUUCAGGCUAAAGGAUGUAUUAUUGAUCGAACUAGCUAGGUAGAAUGAGGGGUUGAGGUUCAGGAUAGAAAUGGCGAUUUCAUCUUACCCGACUCCUGCAGACGCUGGAGUGCUCUGCGUGAUCCUGGCUAACACGGCCAUCUCCAUCUCCAUCUUCAAGGAGAUCUUCCGCUCCAUCCUACAUGUCAUCGGCAUUCACAUAUCCUCGUGGGAGGACUUCUCGGUGGAGCCCUCAAACUCUGGUGAGUGCUGCAGACGCCCCUCGGAGUCUUACGUGGAGGAGUUCAGGAGCCGCUCGCCCUCAAUGCAGUACAAGUCGGUCUUCAUCUGCCCAUGCCCCAAGCAAGAGUGCUCCAUCUGCUUGACCGAAUUCGAGCCCAAGGCAGAGAUCAACCAACUCUCCUGCGGCCACGUCUUCCACAAGCCGUGCCUCGAGAAGUGGCUCAACUACUGGAACACGACGUGCCCUCUCUGUCGGAACUACAUGAUGCCACAGGAAGCCGAGGACGCCUCCUCUUGCCCGAUGUGAGGUAGAAUCUACGACGUGUGUACAGCAUAGCGUGUAAAAAAAGGAAACGAGAAGUAUCCGUUAGAGUCACUAAGAUCGUGUAGUAGUCCGAUGCAUAUACUUAAGCUGCCAGUAUUCCGCGUCCUCUUUGUAGCGACGGGUCAGCGCGACGUUUAUCCGUGUUUGUAUAUAUUAUGGGAAGCUUUCAACAACUUUUGAGCCGUUAAA